AUUGGAAAGAGUCGAGAUGUCGUCGAAAACGCUGCACAACGAGCACAUAAAGCGGCCGAUGAACGCGUUUAUGGUGUGGUCACGAGGGCAGCGACGGAAAAUGGCCCAGGAAAAUCCCAAGAUGCAUAAUUCCGAGAUCUCAAAGAGACUCGGCGCCGAAUGGAAACUGCUCAGCGAAAGCGAGAAACGGCCCUUCAUCGACGAGGCUAAAAGAUUAAGAGCCCUCCACAUGAAGGAGCAUCCGGAUUACAAGUACAGGCCCCGCAGGAAGCCGAAAUCUUUGGUGAAGAAGGAGAACAAAUUCGGUUUCUCGAUAUCGCCGUUGAUGUCCUCGGGUGAAUCGUUGGGCAACAUAUCGAGAAGCCUGCUGCCACCUCUUGCCCCCCCAUCGCAUCACACGUUGAUGAGCCACGAGGAUCUCAAGAUCCCCCGUUUCUUCCCGCCGUUCCCGUAUCCCCUCUACCCAAUACAACACAAAUUGGGAGAAGAAUUCAACGGCGGGAAACUGGCCGCGGAUCUCGCUCUCCAAGCCCUCUACGGGGGUGGCACCUUCUACUCAAGCCACCAGACCAUGUCCUGGCCCGGUUUAUCGACGGCUACCUGCCUCCAGCCCAACUGCGGAUGCCCAAGCCCCCCCAAAGACCCGAAGAGGCCUUACUUGCCCGCCAAACUGGACGAGAGGCCGUUUCCAAGCCCGGGCAAACCGAUGAUGGAAGACGACGGAUUCCCCUCGGACAGGGAUUCGAGCAGGGAGGAGGCGAGAUACAGGAAACUGGAAGAGGAGAAUUUCUCGUCGUCGGUGGACAGGCAUCAGGAGGACGCCAGAUCGCAGGAUCGAUUCUCCUCGUCCUCCUCCUCCUCCCUGGUUGAUCAAAACGAGAAGUUAGGCAACACGACGACGACCACGACGAAUACGUCGUCGGCUACCACGAAAGUGGAGAGCUCGUUCUCUGUACAAAAUCUCACGUCGUCCAGCUCGAAUUUAGGCGGCCAUCGUGGCGGCCACGUCAUAUGAAGACCGCUUCCGGUUCUCCCGGACUUAAACUUCCGGGGGAACCUGGUACCACCCGGAUGGCCCAGCACCGACUGGUGGAGGGUACCACCGAUGCUCUCGCCGAUCCCCCAGGCGACCGUAACCAACCUGAACCAAGCGCCAGCCAAAGAGGACGAGGUCCAGUUCCAGGAGGAGCAGCAGAGGAACGGGACGAUGGCCAGAUCGAGGAGCAUCCACAUCGGAAAUGUACAGUGAUCAUCUCGACUGUUUGAAAGAAAAUUUCAAUCGAUUCUUUAUUCUAACUCGAGAUCGUAACAGAUCUCGACAGGGUUGGAUAGACAUUUCGUGUACAUAACGAAAUUCAAUCGUGGAAAAUAAUGGAUAACGAGUGAACUACAAUUUAUCGACUUUAGAAGUUUUUAGAAGAAGAUCCGAAGGAGAAUGAGAAUAGGAAGGCGAGUAUCACCGUCGGUCCUCGAUCAUUCGUAACCUGUUGCGUUGUGUGAUAAUUCGAGCAGCCUGUUUCUUAGCGCGCCGCGUUUUUUACGAUUGUACAUAAUAAUAACGGAGGAGAAGGAAUCGCGGAAGUGAGCUCGAAGAGCUCGGCUAAGUUUCCGAGUUUAAGAGUUAAGAUCCCGAUCUUGCUCUCGAUACCCUUUCUCUCAGCUUUCUCUCUACGGCGGAAUACUUUCCCAAAAAUGGUGUGCGAAAAAAAGUUGGAAGGAAAAUUCGUAUCCGGCGGUGGAUAGCCGCAAAGCCGAAUCGAUAACUCGGCGGAAUCCCACAAAGAGGGAGAGAAAGAGAAGGAGAGAGAGAGAGAAUGAGCGAGCGGCGAAAGGGUCUUUUCCGGCAAAGCGUGUACAGGGAUGCAAGAGAAGAGUCCAAUUUUGAUGAGAUAACCAACCCUCUCCGUGGCACAUAUUACCGCGCACGCGAGCCAAAGCGAGCCACAAGAGAGGACGGAAAAGAGCCCCGUACGAGAGGUAGGAGAAAGAGAGAGAGAGAGAGAGAGGAAAAGAAAUAAAAAUAAAACCCCUCUUCGAGUGGAGGCAAAUCUCUUCUUUGGGGCGCGGCCAUGCGAAAUAAGCCAACCGUUUCUGAAUGCUAACGUAGAUGCGGGGCCUGUAUACGCGUUAUACCACCCCCCCUCGCGAGAUGAUUUUAUUGCGUCGCGCAUCGAUACUGCAACUCUCUCCACGAUAUUUCAACUCACUUCUCUUUCUUUUUUUUUUUUUUUUUUUACAGAUUUCCCUUUGUCGCUUGUUUUUCGUUACGUACACACAUGCUUGUACGUUUUGUUACAUCGCGUUGUAAUUGGUGGAUCGUGGACGCGCGACGAUUGUGAGGGAGAGAGAGAGAGAGAGAGUGUGUGUGUGUAAGAGUGAAUACGAUGAAUCAUCAUCGUGUUCACGAUUAUUUUUUCGUGCUUUCGCGAAGAAAUCUUGUGAUAUCUGGUUAGAAGCUUUUUCCCGCGUUGUUCGUGGUUUUGUUGUUGUUGUUGUUUUCUUUCGUCCCUUUUUUUUGUACAGGGAAAUUGAUACCGUGGAACUUUUUUCAACGAAAUCGUUUUAAUCAUGUAAAAUUAUUACGAAUUCUAAUUAUUAUUUGGAAUAAUAAUCAUGUUUGAAUAUUUUUAUAAUUAAAAAAAUGUAUUUCGUAUUAUUUGUUCGAGAAACGAUUGCUUAAUUCCUUUAAUUACAAUCAUAAUUAUUGGUGGAAAGAAAUUAUUGAAUUAUUUGAAUAGAUUCGUUUCGAAAAAAGUUCUACCGUGCAUAACAAAUUUGUAGAUAACAUUUUAUCAAACGUAACGUUAAAAUUUUAUUUUAUUACUCCAACUCUUAAAAUCUAUCGUCAAAAUAUAUUUCACGAUAGCCUUUAAGGGUGCAGUCUUUUGAAAAACCUUGUUUAAAAAGAAAUAUUAUCAAUUUAACUUGUCGUAUCUCCCUCGUGAUCUUACACAGAGGAAAAAAAAAAAAAUACACGCGGCAGAACGAAAAAUAGAAUGCAAGAUUUUUUUUUUUUUGGUCGGAUAGUAGAGAAAUAUGCGAAUCUGUAAUUUGUUACUGUGAAGCUUUAAACGAUUGGCCGGUAAUAAUAAAACGUUCAAUUCGAGCAAAUUGUUUGCAGACGCGCCAUUCUGUCCACGGAUUGUUGAAUUCGUUCGCACCCCCUCCUCCCCCUCCCUUCCUCACCCUCUUCCUCGCAGUUUUAUUGCAGCUGAUUUUUCGCAAUCGACGCGCAACCGUAUAUUCGAAAUUUUAUACACUUGUUUUGCCGCGCGAGGCACGUAUUUUUCGUGGGCAAAAUUUUUCGAUAUCAACCGGCGACGAUCGAGCCUCGCUACCGAUCAGAAUGGAAACUAAUUCUCCCCCCCUGGCAUACUUUUCGCCUCCCUCCUAUCUAGAAAUUGUAUACAGUUUAAAAAAAAAAAAAAAAAAAAAAAAAAAGGAAUAAAAAGAAGAAAAAAGAAAAAAAGAAAUAUCGUAACGAUUGUAGAGCGAAUGGACGAUGAAAAAAAAGAAAUAUAAUGUAAAGCGUAAUCUAAACGGAUAGAGAGAGAGAGAAAGAAAAAACGUAUCCUCUUCGACUAUUAUUAUCGUAUGUUCCUCGGCUAAACCGCACGCGUUUUAUUUCCAACGUUGUCCAAACGAGAGAGAGAAAGGAAACGAAGCGUAGCGAUCGCUAUAGCUCGACUCGAGUUUUCCAUUAAUCAUGUCGCUGAAGAAAAAAAACGACGACGUUUAAUCAUUGUUAAUUAUUUGCUGUAACAUAACGCGUUUGUAAAUAAAUUGAAUCUUAAUCGAAGAUCGUUGCCUCAUUUACGAAAACGUUUCUUCCAACAUCGUUCAAAUUUUUACAAAUAUUUGGCAAAUUAUAACA